GAGAGCUCACCACAGAGCUGUUCCUUGCAGCCCUGGUCCUCCGCAGAGCAUCACUCCACCUCGCCAGCCAAGGUCCACUUCCCACCUGCAUCCCGGCGCAGCCAUGCUGGGCACGGCGGUGAGGCUCUCGGUUCUGCUCGGCCUCCUUAGCUUUGGCAAAGGCCAGAUGUUUCACAUGGGACCGUGCCCAGAUCCACCGGUCCAAGAAGACUUUGAUAUCAACAAGUAUUUGGGGAAAUGGUAUGAGAUAGAGAAGCUGCCCUCAAGUUUCGAGAAAGGAAGCUGCAUCCAGGCAAAUUACUCGCUGAAGGAGAAUGGGAAGUUCAAGGUGAUCAACAAAGAGCUGCUUUCCAGUGGCAAAGUCAAUGAAGUGGAAGGAGAAAUCAUGCACAUGGAUGUAAAAGAGCCGGCCAAGCUGGGUGUCCGCUUUAACUGGUUCAUGCCUUCUGCCCCCUACUGGGUCAUCUCCACCGACUAUGAAAACUACUCGCUGGUUUACUCCUGCACUAACAUCCUCUGGCUCUUCCACAUUGACUACGCCUGGAUUAUGUCAAGAGCUCCAGAUAUGCACCCAGAAACCGUGGAGCACCUGAAGAGCGUUCUCCAGUCCCACAAGAUUGACACCGAGAAAAUGAUGCCCACGGAUCAAGUUAACUGCCCUCCCGAGAUGUAACUCCCGGCAUGCGGUGACGCAGUGCCAGGCCAGCAAUGAACUUUGUUGCUUUCUUUAUUAUCUAUUAGAAUUUCUCUAUGUAACAGAGAAAUGCAAUAGUCCUUCUGCUAACAGUAGUUUGCCAGCCCUGAGUUAUUCCUUGCUGUCAUUCCCUGUAUCGCUCUCCCC